UCACAAAAAAUAUAAAAAUAAACCCACCAAAAAAUAAAAAUAAAUAAAAAAAAUAAUUGACGAUGAACGAAAUCAAAGCCGCCUCGCCGAGAUCAAGCACGGCCUUAACAGCACGAGACACGCGAGGUCAAAGGUCACGUAACGAUGUUUGGCCGCAUUACCGCAGGUUUGCCUUCGCGGUCAGAGCCGUCGCCGCUGAUGCUGGUUCUGGCGGUGAUUGGCGGGGCCCUGUUAGUGGUGAUUAUGCUCCUGGUGGGCGUGUGGGCGGUGAGAGGCCGGAGGAGGCACGCCCACGCUCAGAGGGAGGCGCUGCAGAUCCCGAUGAAGGAGUCCAAUCCGGAUAUACUUGAAGCAGCGCCCCCUCCUACCUCUCCCGGCCACACCAUCAACAUCAGCGUCAUUAAGCAUCCGCACGAUCUCGACGUGGACACCUCUUCCUCUCACGACCUAGCGCUGGAUCCCUUGGGCGCCGCCAGAGCACACAGGAACAACGGAACUUCACAGAAAACGGCUUUCGGUGUCUCUGAGCCGCUGCAUAGGCCUAUUGAGAAAAGUUUACAGACCCCCGUCUGCCACCCGUACGAUGAUGAUCCUGCGUCUUCUCCAGAGGUCACUGAGAGGACUCAGCUCACAGCAUCUAGUAUAGACCCGAGCCUGGGCGUCACCCUCAGCGUCGACGCGGCUUCUAGAUCUAGAAGAGUGAUGUAUUCUAGGACACCCCUGCAUGACGAGCUGGACAUUGGAGUGUCAUCGUGCAUCCGCCAACCCCUGAUGCGCGGGAGCUCUGAGAGCGUAAUGUAGAUCAAGAUAUCGUACCGGGGAAAGGGCAGAUGAUAGUUGGAUUAUAACCUUCGGAGUUUCAUGUUAUAAUUAUUUUUCUCGUGGGGGGAGGGGGUUAAAAUUAGCAUAUCAUUUCCAUUUUGGAAAUUAGAUGGGUAUCCUUUCAACUUUUUAUGUCCGGUAUUUGGAAGAUUUGAAUCAUAUCCAUAAAUGGUCACAUUGAUACUAUGGAUGUGUUUUUUAUAUAUACAGUGUUAAGGAUGUUAUUGCAUCAGUCUUAGGAAUUUCCAAGCAUAAGGAAAAAAAAGACAUUUUACUAAUUAACCAAGUAAUCCAUCAGUUGGUAUACCGUUCGUCUUUAAAAGGCUGCUGGACGCCGAGUUGUGGGUUAGUUAGUCCCUUGUAUAUAAAACAUUGUUCAUUUUGAUAAUAAAAAAAAUAUUGAGACUUAGGUCAGAGGACAAUAGCAUAACAUUACCAUAUUUUUGUACACGACUUGUGAAGAUUAAAAAAGAAAAAAAAAACUUGCUGAUUUUAUCAGAUAACUCAGAUACUAUUCACUGUCUUCUUUGUAGGUGAAAAUAGGAGAGGUUUGAAUGCAUCUCCUUCAUACUGGCAAAUAACCGCCGUUUUAAUGUUAAGACUGAGAGGUCUAUGCUUAAGUAUGUGUGUGUAAAUAUGGAAACAUAUAGUUUUAAUGAAAUUAUUGAGAAAACGAAAAAAAAAUAAUGAUAAUGUGCGCAAUUCGACACUUUCUUUUUCUUUUUUCUCUCUUUCUCUCACUUUUUAUCUGUCUGUGUUUGACUCGGCAUAUAUCCCUAUCUCUGUCUA